CGGCAGAACUGCUCGAGCCUCGAUACGAAUUUCGUCGGAGGGGCCCCGAUAGAGGAAUCGAGAGAUCCAGAGCCACCCCGAACGUAACACUCCCCUGGGCCCGAUCGAGGUCGAAACCGAAAGAAUCGAAUCGCAAGUGAGUGCGCCGACAGUGAAGAGUCAGUUCCUCCCCCUUAAGGAGCUGGUCGAGUUAGCGCGAGGUAACCUCUGGCCAGUAGUGGCUGAUCGUCGGUGCACCAUCGGAGGUUAGGACGUCGUCGACACCGUGGUGGUCGUCGUCGUCGUCGUCGACGUGACGAAACGUUCUGCACCGCGCCGAGAGAGCUACCGGAGCGAGGCGGGGCGAGGCGCGGAGGGCAAAACAUGUCGAACCGUGACCGCGUGUGACCAUCCGCGCCCUAUCGACUACGAGGUGGGCUCGGUCGACCAGCGAGAAGAGGUGCGGACACGAACGAGGAAAACACCAGCGAACGAGGCGGCGAAGGAGCUCGUCCAGGUCACGUGAAAACGUACCGAAGGGAUGGCUGACAGCGAGGGCGGCUCCGAGCAGGAUGACGUAUCCUUCCUCCGCACGGAGGAUAUGGUGUGUCUGUCCUGCACCGCAACGGGCGAAAGGGUUUGCCUCGCGGCCGAGGGUUUCGGUAACAGGCACUGCUUCCUCGAGAACAUCGCAGACAAGAAUAUACCUCCGGAUCUGUCGCAAUGCGUAUUCGUGAUAGAACAAGCUCUCUCGGUGAGAGCGCUGCAGGAAUUGGUUACUGCUGCCGGUUCCGAGACGCAGCAAGAAAGUUUAGGAAAAGGCACCGGAUCCGGGCACAGAACGUUAUUGUACGGCAAUGCUAUUCUGUUGAGGCAUCAGAACAGCGACAUGUAUUUGGCUUGUCUAUCGACUAGUUCGUCCAACGACAAGUUGGCUUUCGACGUCGGUCUGCAACAACAUUCUCAAGGGGAGGCAUGCUGGUGGACGGUGCAUCCAGCGUCGAAACAGAGGUCCGAGGGUGAAAAGGUCCGAGUCGGUGACGACCUCAUUCUAGUAUCCGUGGCCACCGAGAGAUACUUGCACACUACGAAAGAGAACGAUCUGUCGGUGGUGAACGCCUCGUUCCACGUGACCCAUUGGUCGGUGCAACCGUACGGUACUGGGAUCAGCCGAAUGAAGUACGUCGGUUACGUUUUCGGCGGCGAUGUUCUCCGAUUUUUCCACGGCGGUGACGAGUGCCUCACUAUACCGUCGUCCUGGAGCACAUCGACCAACCAAAAUAUAGUGAUCUACGAAGGAGGAAGCGUAAUGAGCCAGGCGCGAUCUUUGUGGAGGCUGGAGCUGGCGAGGACAAAAUGGGCGGGCGGUUUCAUAAAUUGGCUACACCCGAUGAGGAUCAGGCACCUCACCACCGGACGUUAUCUAGGCGUGAAAGAAAACAACGAACUGUAUCUGGUCGAUAGGAACGAGGGGACGAUCGAGACGUCGACGUUCUGGCUGCGACAGGAGAAGGAUGACCAGAAGAUCAUUCUCGAGGAUAAGGACCUCGAAGUCAUCGGUAUGCCGAUUAUCAAGUAUGGUGACUCGACUGUUAUCAUGCAGCAUGCCACUACUUGUCUCUGGGUCUCGUACAAGUCGUACGAGACGAAGAAGAAGGGCGUGGGUAAGGUAGAGGAGAAGCAAGCAGUACUUCACGAGGAAGGAAAGAUGGACGACGGUUUGGACUUCUCCCGGUCGCAAGAAGAGGAGUCACGCACGGCGCGAGUAAUUCGAAAGUGCAGCAGCUUGUUCACGCAGUUCAUCACAGGCCUAGAGACGCUGCAAGUAGAUAGAAGAGCGUCUAUGUUCUUCCAAAAUGUCAAUCUGAACGAAAUGGUGAUGUGUCUGGAAGACUUGAUUAAUUAUUUUGCUCAACCCGAGGACGACAUGGAACACGAGGAGAAACAGAACAGGUUCCGUGCUCUGAGGAAUCGUCAGGACCUGUUCCAAGAGGAGGGUAUACUGAAUCUCAUUCUGGAGGCCAUCGACAAGAUCAACGUAAUCACAUCGCAAGGUUUCCUCGUGGCGCUUUCGGGCGACGAGAGCGGCCAGGCCUGGGACCAAAUAUCCGGAUACCUGUAUCAGCUGCUAGCCGCCAUCAUCAAGGGAAAUCACACGAACUGCGCGCAAUUCGCCAACAGCAAUCGUUUGAACUGGCUGUUCAGUCGCCUUGGCUCGCAGGCGUCCAGCGAGGGCACUGGGAUGCUGGACGUCCUCCACUGUGUCCUCAUCGACUCGCCAGAGGCUCUGAACAUGAUGAGGGACGAACACAUCAAAGUCAUCAUCUCGCUGCUGGAGAAGCACGGAAGGGACCCAAAAGUCUUGGACGUCCUUUGCUCGCUGUGCGUGGGUAACGGCGUCGCGGUUCGAUCGUCGCAGAACAACAUAUGCGACUUCCUGCUGCCAGGGAAGAAUCUUCUCCUUCAAACCCAGCUGGUGGACCACGUGGCCAGCAUCAGACCGAACAUAUUCGUCGGCAGAGUCGAGGGAUCGGCGCUUUAUCAGAAGUGGUACUUCGAAGUCACCGUCGACCACAUCGAGCAGACCACGCACAUGAUGCCUCAUUUGAGAAUAGGCUGGGCGAACACGGCAGGGUACAUGCCGUAUCCAGGAGGAGGCGAAAAAUGGGGUGGCAACGGCGUGGGCGACGAUCUUUACUCGUUCGGUUUCGAUGGCGCGCACCUGUGGACCGGUGGCAGGAAAACUCAGGUGGUCCUCAACGCCACGGAGCCUUACAUCAGGAAGAGCGACGUGAUCGGGUGCGCUUUGGAUCUGACGGUUCCGAUCAUCACGUUCACCUUCAACGGAGCGCCCAUCCUUGGAUCGUUCAGAAACUUCAACCUGGACGGGAUGUUCUUCCCCUCGAUCAGUUGCUCCUCGAAACUGUCCUGCAGAUUCCUCCUGGGAGGCGACCACGGUCGUCUAAAGUUCCAGCCCCCUGAAGAAUUUUCGCCCUUGGUGGAGAGUCUGUUGCCCCAGCAGAUCCUGUCGCUGGACCCUUGCUUCUAUUUCGGGAACAUGAACAAGGUGGUGUUGGCUGGCCCGUGGCUGGUCGAAGAUGACACCGCUUUCGUCCCCGCGCCGGUCGACACGUCCAUGAUCAACCUGCCGUCCUACGUCGAACAGAUCAGGGACAAACUGGCGGAGAACAUCCACGAGAUGUGGGCGAUGAACAAGAUCGAGGCCGGAUGGAUCUACGGGGAGCACAGGGACGACCUGAGGAAGAUUCAUCCCUGCAUCGUGCAGUUCGAGAGGCUACCGGCUGCGGAGAAACGCUACGACACACAACUGGCCGUGCAGACGCUGAAGACCAUCUUGGCCCUGGGAUAUUACAUAACCAUGGACAAACCACCGUCCAGAAUAAAGACCUUGAGGCUUCCGAACGAACCCUUUAUGCAGAGCAGCGGUUACAAGCCAGCUCCUCUGGACCUCACCGCCAUCUCGCUCACUCCAAAGAUGGAGGAACUGGUGGAUCAGCUGGCAGAGAACACACACAAUUUGUGGGCGAAGGAGAGGAUCAGCCAAGGCUGGACUUACGCGCUGAACGAAGACUCCGAGAUGAGGAGGAGCCCUCAUCUGGUGCCGUAUCCGAAAGUAGACGAAGCCAUCAAGAAAGCUAAUCGCGACACCGCCAGCGAAACCGUCAGGACGCUGUUAGUUUACGGAUACAUGCUGGAACCACCCACAGGGGAGCAGCACGAAGCGCUACUGCUGGAGGCGAGCAGACUACGACAAUCGUCCUUCAGGACCUAUCGAGUCGAGAAACACUAUGCUGUAAGCAGCGGAAAGUGGUACUUCGAGUUCGAGGUUCUAACCGCUGGUCCAAUGCGCGUAGGUUGGGCCAAAGCUGAGUGUAUGCCUGGAAGCAUGCUGGGAAGCGACGAGAACACUUGGGCUUUCGACGGUUACAACGAGGAAAAAGUAUACUCGGGCACAGCCGAAACAUUUGGCAAACAAUGGCAGGUUGGAGACGUUGUCGGGGUAUUCCUGGAUCUAAUUGACCGAACGAUUAGCUUUUCUCUCAACGGAGAAUUGCUGAUGGACGCGCUCGGUGGUGAAACGUCUUUCGCCGACGUGCAGGGCGACUGUUUUGUCCCAGCUUUCACGCUCGGGGUUGGCCAAAAAGCGAAAUUAACAUUCGGACAGGACGUCAACACUCUCAAGUUCUUCACGACUUGCGGUUUGCAAGAAGGAUACGAGCCAUUUUGCGUAAAUAUGAAUCGCCCGGUGACAUUUUGGUUCACGAAGGAUCAGCCGAUCUUCGAGAACACGGACGACAUGGCCGACACGAGGAUAGACGUCGCCAGAAUACCAGCCGGUUCCGAUACUCCGCCAUGCCUGAAGAUCUCCCACAACACCUUCGAGACCAUGGAAAAAGCGAACUGGGAAUUCCUACGAUUGUCGUUGCCAGUCAUCUGUCAGUCGACGUUCGUCUCCGAGAGUGAGAAGUUACGAAGAUGGCAAGAGAUCAAGAUGCGUCAGAACAGACUGCUGUCCGAGCAAGUGGAACAAGCGCAACAGGCCGCGCCAUCGGCUCACAUGGAGCAGAUCAUGAAGUCUGGCUUCAGCAUGAGUGACAUUAAAGGAUUGCAGAGGAACUAUUCAGAGGAUGCAGUGGAAGCUGACGAAAUGAUGAAGGAGUCGCCGUUGCCCAUGCAGAGAAACAAACCCACCAGACCUCCUAGAAAAGGUUCCCUUUAUGGUUCGAGGGUUGGGAACAUGGAGAACGCCAUCAGCGAGACUGAGAUGAACGGAUACGGCGACAUGAACGGCGACGUGAAGGAUGACAAGAAGAAGCGUGGGCGUUCACCGUUCCGCAAACUUAGCAAAGAGAUGGAGGAUGCACCGUUCUUCUCGCGCAAAGCGAAGUCCCCGGACGCGAAAUCGAAAACGCCCGAACCACCGGUGCGCUCCGACGUCUCCGACAAAAGCACCAAAACUCUGCAGAUGAACAAAGCAAGUAGCCGGCCACCUCAAGUUCGCAUAUCAAACACGGACUUGAAGGUGAUACCACCGCAGAUCCCGGAACGCAACGCUCCGAAAGCGAUGUCCGUUUUGAGCGGAUCUGGCGUCGAGGCGAUUGGGAACGAAAUAUACGACGCAGAGUGUCUGAAGCUGAUGAACGAGUACUUUUACGGGGUGAGGAUCUUCCCUGGACAGGACCCAACUCACGUUUACGUUGGUUGGGUCACGUCUCAAUACCACCUACACACCAAGGACUUCAAUUUGUCUCGCGUGAGAAAGGGAUCGGUGGUCAUCACCGACGACUACGAACGUCCCGUGGAACAAGUGGACAGACAGAGUUGUUACAUGGUGAGAGCAGACGAGCUCUACAACGAAGUCACGCAGGAUGCUUCCGGUAAAGGAGCGUCCCAGGGAAUGUUCGUCGGUUGUUUCGUGGACACAGCUACAGGUUGGGUGUCCUUCACCUGCGAGGGCAAGGAGACCAGCCACAAGUUCAAAAUGGAACCGGACACGAAGCUGUUCCCCGCCAUCUUCGUGGAGGCCACCAGCAAAGAGAUACUUCAAAUCGAGCUAGGCAGAACCUCGACCACGCUGCCGUUGUCCGCGGCCGUUUUGCAGAACUCUGAACGCCACGUUAUCCCGCAGUUCCCGCCCAGGUUGAAGGUGCAAUGCUUGAAACCCCACCAGUGGGCCAGAGUGCCCAAUCAGUCGCUCCAGGUGCACGCUUUGAAGCUCUCCGACAUCAGAGGCUGGUCCAUGCUGUGCGAGGACGCGAUAUCGAUGCUGGCCCUGCACAUCCCCGAGGAGGACAGGUGCAUCGACAUUUUGGAGCUCAUCGAAAUGGACAAAUUACUCAGCUUCCACGCGCACACCCUGACGCUGUAUGCAGCUCUGUGCUAUCAGUCGAACUACAGAGCAGCCCACGCUCUGUGCCAACACGUCGACCAGAAACAACUGUUGUACGCUAUCCGAGCAGAGUACAUGUCCGGGCCCCUACGACAAGGAUUCUACGACCUGCUGAUCGCUCUGCACCUCGAGUCGCACGCAACGACGAUGGAAGUGUGCAAGAACGAGUACAUUAUUCCUCUAGGUCAGGAAUUGAAGGAGUUAUACGAAAACGAAGAGAUGAGGCACAGCCUCAGGUACCUGGAGACCGAGUCCGUUCGUCCCCAGAUGAAAAUGACGGACAUCAGCGACCAAACGAUCGAGAACAUAAGGAGCCUCUACAGUCCGCACUUCCCGCUGGACGUGGUGCGAGAUUACGUGAUGGAGGCUUUAAACGAAGCCGUCGAGGUCAAUCAAGUUCACAAUCGAGACCCGAUCGGCGGCAGCAAUGAGAAUCUUUUCCUGCCGCUUUUGAAACUCGUUGAUAGACUACUCCUAGUUGGAAUGCUUAGGAACGAAGAUAUCAUGAAGCUUCUCAUCAUGAUUCAUCCUGAAACUUGGGACCCUACGUUCGACAAAGAGGGAAAAGACGAGCACAAGAAGGGACUACUCCACAUGAAAAUGGCGGAGGGAGCGAAGCUGCAGAUGUGCUACCUGCUUCAUCAUCUGAACGACAUCCAGCUACGACAUCGCGUCGAGUCCAUCAUCGCCUUCAGCCACGACUUCGUUGGCGACCUGCAGUCCGACCAGCUUCGUCGUUACAUCGAGAUCAAGCAGUCCGAUUUACCGUCGGCGGUGGCCGCCAAGAAGACCAAGGAGUUUCGGUGCCCUCCUCGCGAGCAGAUGAACUCGAUUCUGAGCUUCAAGAACAUGGACUUCGCGGACGAUCCGGACAACGUGCCCUGCGGAGAGGAUCUGAUAGGCAGGAUGAACGAAUUCCACACCAAUCUGAUGUCUUACGUGUCCCUGCACGCGCUUCAAGACGCUGCUGACGCCGCCAACGAGCCGGAAGAAGACGUUCAGAAGCCUGGCGCUAUGAAGAAACUGUUCAACUUCAUCAACGCUGUGAAAGAGUUGGAGGAGGAGCCCAAGCCAGAACCUGAACCGGAAAGGAAGACUCCGGAAGAGGUGUUCCGUAAAGUCCUCAUAUCGACCAUCGUUAGCUGGGCCGAGGAAUCCCAGAUCGAGACUCCGAAGUUGGUUCGAGAGAUGUUCAGUCUAUUGGUGCGUCAGUACGACACCGUGGGCGAACUGAUCAGAGCUCUGGAGAAGACGUACGUGAUCAACAGUAAAACGAGAGACGACGCUGCCCUGAUGUGGGUCGGUCUGAGCCAGAUUCGCGCGUUGCUGCCCGUCCAAAUGUCUCAGGAGGAAGAGGAGCUGGUCAGAGAGCGACUCUGGAAGUUGGUGAACAAUCACACCUUCUUCCAGCAUCCGGAUCUGAUCAGAGUGCUGAGGAUUCACGAGAACGUGAUGGCGAUCAUGAUGAACACGCUGGGCAGACGCGCGCAGGCUCAGUCUGACGCUCAGACGCAGCCUCAAACCACGGAAGGCGAACCAGCUUCCAAGGAAAAGGACACGUCUCACGAGAUGGUGGUAGCCUGCUGUAGAUUCCUUUGCUAUUUCUGUCGCACGUCCAGGCAGAACCAGAAGGCGAUGUUCGAUCAUUUCGACUUUCUCUUGGAGAACAGUAAUAUUUUGCUGUCGAGGCCAUCUUUGAGAGGAUCCACGCCCUUGGACGUGGCUUACUCCUCGCUGAUGGAGAACACGGAACUCGCGUUGGCGCUCAGGGAACACUAUCUCGAGAAAAUCGCCAUCUAUUUGUCCCGUUGUGGCUUGCAAUCGAACUCUGAACUCGUGGAGAAAGGUUACCCUGAUCUGGGAUGGGAUCCGGUGGAGGGUGAACGAUAUUUGGACUUCUUGAGAUUCUGCGUUUGGGUUAACGGCGAAAGCGUCGAGGAAAACGCAAAUCUGGUGAUACGUUUGCUGAUCAGAAGACCAGAAUGUUUGGGACCAGCCCUUCGAGGUGAGGGCGAAGGUUUAUUGAGGGCCAUCAUAGACGCCAACAAAAUGUCCGAACGCAUCGCUGAUCGACGAAAAGUGCACGACGAAGCGGAAGGUACAUCAAUGAUGCAGUUCGAGCAUCCCCUCCCAGAAUCAGACGACGACGAAGACUACAUAGACACUGGAGCAGCGAUCUUGAACUUCUACUGUACCCUGGUAGAUCUAUUAGGACGCUGUGCUCCUGAUUCGUCCGUUAUCGAACAAGGGAAGAACGAGUCUCUGAGAGCAAGGGCUAUUCUGCGUUCUCUGGUGCCCCUCGACGACCUACAGGGUGUCCUGUCUCUGAGGUUCACCCUGCUGAAUCCAGCGGCUGGCGAAGAAAAACCAAAGAGCGACAUGCCGUCAGGUUUGAUCCCAGGACACAAGCAAAGCAUCGUCCUGUUUUUGGAACGCGUUUACGGCAUCGAAACGCAGGAGCUGUUCUUCAAGAUACUCGAGGAAGCUUUCUUGCCCGACCUGAGAGCCGCCACUAUGCUCGACAGGAACGAUGGUUACGAAUCCGACAUGGCCCUGGCGAUGAACCGUUACAUAGGAAACAGUAUUCUGCCUCUGCUGAUCAAGCAUUCCAAAUUCUACAACGAGGCGGACAAUUACGCCAGCUUACUGGACGCCACGCUGCACACCGUCUAUAGAUUGAGCAAGAACAGAAUGCUAACGAAGGGUCAGCGAGAGGCUGUGUCGGACUUCCUCGUGGCACUGACCAGCCAAAUGCAACCCAGCAUGCUGUUGAAGCUACUCCGAAAGUUGACCGUGGACGUGUCCAAGCUCUCGGAAUACACUACGGUCGCUCUACGGUUGCUGACUCUGCAUUACGAUCGUUGCGCAAAAUACUACGGAUCGACCGGUGGGCAAGGCGCGUACGGUGCAUCGAGCGACGAAGAGAAACGUUUGACCAUGGUUCUCUUCAGCAACAUAUUCGACUCGCUGUCUAAAAUGGACUACGAUCCGGAAUUGUUUGGAAAGGCUCUGCCUUGUCUCACGGCCAUUGGUUGUGCUCUGCCGCCCGAUUAUUCCUUGUCUAAGAACUACGACGACGAGUGGUACGGAAGCAAAUCCGCGUCCACGCAAUCGCCCGAUGGACCCUACAAUCCGCAACCAAUCAACACCUCUAGCGUGGUUCUCAACAACGAUCUUAAUCAAAUCGUACAAAAGUUCUCCGAGCAUUAUCACGACGCUUGGGCCAGCCGGAAGCUAGAAAACGGUUGGACUUAUGGCGAACAGUGGUCAGAUGCAAAUAAAACUCAUCCUAGACUGAAACCGUACAACAUGCUGAACGAUUACGAGAGGGAACGCUACAAAGAACCGGUCAGGGAGAGCUUGAAAGCUUUGUUGGCUAUAGGAUGGAGCGUUGAACACGCCGAGGUGGACGUACCUUCGACCAAUCGUAGUUCUAUGAGACGAUCAUCGAAAAGUCAAGGUGAUGCUGCAAAUCCGUUUAAUUACAAUCCUCAUCCGGUCGAUAUGACGAACCUGACGCUGAGCAGAGAGAUGCAGAACAUGGCCGAGCGUCUCGCAGACAACGCACACGACAUCUGGGCCAAGAAGAAGAAGGAAGAGCUCAUCACUUGCGGAGGUGGCAUCCACCCACAGUUGGUACCGUACGAUCUGCUCACCGACAAAGAGAAACGAAAGGAUCGCGAACGUUCCCAGGAGUUCCUCAAGUAUUUGCAGUAUCAAGGAUACAAGCUUCACAAACCUAAUCGAGGCGGUGAAUCCGAGGUUACUACCGCUGGUGCCUCCGUGGAACUACGAUUCGCCUACUCGUUGCUGGAGAAACUGAUAGCUUAUUUGGACAAAGCGACGAUCAACAUGAAACUGUUGAAACCGUCCGACACGUUCAGUCGACGCAACAGUUUCAAGACAUCCACGCGGGACAUCAAGUUCUUCAGCAAGGUGGUCCUGCCGUUGAUGGAGAAGUAUUUCAGCACUCACAGGAAUUAUUUCAUCGCCGUGGCCACGGCUACCAACAACGUCGGGGCAGCGUCCUUGAAGGAGAAGGAAAUGGUGGCAGCCCUUUUCUGCAAAUUGGCCAGCUUGCUCAGGUCCAGACUCGCUGCUUUCGGGCCUGACGUUAGGAUCACCGUCCGUUGUCUUCAGGUGCUGGUCAAAGGCAUAGACGCGAAGAGCUUGGUGAAGAACUGCCCCGAGUUCAUUCGAACGUCCAUGUUGACCUUCUUCAACAACACCGCUGACGAUCUGGGGCACACGAUCCUGAAUCUUCAAGAGGGCAAAUACAGCCACCUCAGAGGCACGCACUUGAAAACCUCGACGUCCUUGUCGUACAUCAACAGCGUCGUCUUACCGGUACUCACAGCCAUGUUCGAUCAUCUGGCUGCAUGCGAGUAUGGCAGCGAUCUGUUACUGGACGAAAUUCAAGUGGCGUCCUACAAAAUGCUGGCGUCCCUGUACACCCUGGGCGUGGAUUCGUCCCUGACGCACGACAGAAAGUACUUGAAGACGGAGAUCGAACGCCACAAGCCUAACUUGGGCUCCUGUCUGGGCGCGUUUUCGAGUUGCUUCCCCGUAGCCUUCCUGGAGCCGCAUCUGAACAAGCACAAUCAGUUUUCCCUUCUGAAUCGUAUCGCCGACCAUUCCUUGGAAGCCCAGGACAUAAUGUCGAAGAUGGAGUCGAGCAUGCCAACGCUGGAAACGAUCCUGGGAGAGGUUGAUCAGUUCGUCGAGUCCGAUAAGACCUACAACGAUCUUCCACAGGUGGUCGACGUCAUUCUGCCUCUGCUUUGCUCCUAUUUGCCCUUCUGGUGGUCACAGGGACCGGACAACGUGAAUCCAACGGAGGGAACGUACGUUAGCAUGGUCACCAGCGAUCACAUGAACCAGCUUCUGAAGAAUGUUUUGAAAUUGACCAAGAAGAACAUUGGCAACGAGAACGCUCCGUGGAUGACACGUAUCGCCGCGUAUACUCAACAGAUCAUCAUCAACUCGUCGGAGGAGCUGCUGAAGGAUCCCUUCUUGCCACUCGCUGAACGCGUCAGGAAACGCACCGAUAACAUGUUCCACAAAGAAGAAUCUUUACGAGGUUUUAUCAAAUCGUCCACCGACGAUACGUCGCAGGUCGAGGCUCAGAUUCAGGAGGACUGGCAACUCUUGGUUCGCGAUAUCUACUCGUUCUAUCCUCUUCUGAUCAAGUACGUCGAUCUGCAGAGGAAUCACUGGCUGAGGAAUAACAUCUCCGAGGCCGAGGACCUUUACAAUCACGUGGCGGCGAUAUUUAACAUUUGGUCCAAGUCCCAGUACUUCUUGCGGGAGGAACAGAACUUCAUAUCCGCGAACGAGAUCGAUAACAUGGUGCUCAUUAUGCCAACGGCGACCAGGAGGCCUGCCGCUAUUUCCGAUGGAACUGCACCAUCCGGCGGAGGCAAGAAAAAGAAGAAACACCGUGACAAGAAGAGGGACAAGGACAAAGAGGUGCAAGCGUCCUUGAUGGUAGCCUGCUUGAAGAGGCUGCUACCAGUCGGUUUGAACUUGUUCGCUGGACGCGAGCAGGAGCUGGUGCAGCAUUGCAAGGACAGGUUUCUGAAGAAGAUGCCGGAAUACGACAUCGCCGAGUUCGCCAAGACGCAGCUGACGUUGCCGGACAAGAUCGAUCCAGCCGAUGAGAUGUCCUGGCAGCAUUAUUUGUAUUCCAAGUUGGGCCAGAAGAAGGACUCCAUGGAACCGGUUAAGGCGCAGCAAUUAGAGGACGUCGUUGCAAGGAUCACCGACAUGGCCAAAGUUCUUUACGGUCUUCACAUGAUAGAUCAUCCGCAACAGCAGAGCAAGGGUCAAUAUCGAUCCGUGGUGUCGAUACAACGUAAACGAGCGGUGAUCGCUUGUUUCCGUCAAACUUCCCUACAUUCCUUGCCCAGGCAUCGGGCUAUAAACAUUUUUGCGAGAACGUACUACGAGCUCUGGUUGCAGGAUGAGAACGUCGGUCAAGAAGUUAUGAUUGAAGACCUUACGCAAUCUUUCGAGGACGCAGAACUGAAGAAGAUGGACAAAGCCGAGGAUGAGGGAAAACCAGAUCCUCUGACGCAACUCGUAACAACAUUCUGCCGUGGCGCCAUGACAGAACGGUCCGGUGCUCUUCAAGAGGAUCCCUUGUACAUGAGUUACGCUCAAAUUAUAUCGAAAUCUUGCGGCGAGGAGGAAGAGGAAGGCGAAGACGAGGGUGGGGGAGGUGAAGAGGAAGGGGGUGCCUCGAUCCACGAACAAGAAAUGGAGAAGCAGAAGCUUCUCUUCCACCAAACGCGUCUGGCGAAUCGCGGUGUGGCGGAGAUGGUGUUGCUUCAUAUAUCAGCCUGUAAAGGAUUGCCCAGCGAGAUGGUUAUGAAGACCUUGGAACUGGGAAUCUCCAUUCUACGCGGCGGUAACAUAGAGAUCCAACGAGGAAUGCUGAACCACUUGAAGGAGAAGAAGGACGUGGGAUUCUUCACCUCGAUCGCUGGUUUGAUGAAUUCUUGCAGCGUCCUGGACCUGGACGCGUUCGAAAGGAACACGAAAGCUGAAGGACUCGGUGUUGGUUCUGAGGGUGCAGCUGGUGAGAAGAACAUGCACGACGCAGAGUUCACGUGUGCUCUGUUUCGAUUCAUCCAACUGACUUGCGAGGGUCACAAUCUUGACUGGCAGAACUAUCUGAGAACGCAGGCUGGUAACACGACAACCGUGAACGUGGUCAUUUGUACCGUCGAUUACCUUCUGCGACUUCAGGAGUCCAUCAUGGACUUCUAUUGGCACUACUCCAGCAAGGAGCUCAUCGACCCUGCUGGCAAGGCUAACUUCUUCAAAGCCAUAGGCGUUGCCAGUCAAGUCUUCAACACCCUCACCGAAGUGAUCCAGGGACCUUGUGCACAGAAUCAACAGGCACUGGCGCACUCUCGAUUGUGGGACGCCGUUGGUGGAUUCCUCUUCCUGUUCUCUCAUAUGCAAGACAAACUAUCGAAGCACUCGAGUCAAGUGGAUCUUCUGAAGGAGUUGUUGAACUUGCAGAAAGACAUGAUCACCAUGAUGCUGUCUAUGCUGGAAGGUAACGUUGUAAAUGGAACGAUCGGAAAGCAGAUGGUGGACACGUUGGUAGAGUCUGCGGGCAACGUGGAAUUAAUUCUCAAGUACUUCGACAUGUUCCUGAAGCUGAAGGACCUGGUAUCGUCCCCCAGCUUCCUGGAAGUGGACCUCAACAGCGAUGGCUGGGUGUACCCCAAGGAUUUCAAGGAGAAAAUGGAACAGCAGAAGAGUUACACAGACGAGGAGAUCGAGUUUCUACUGGCCUGUUGCGAGACGAACCACGACGGCAAGAUCGACUACGUGGCCUUCAUGGACCGUUUCCACGAGCCAGCGAAAGAGAUCGGCUUCAAUCUUGCCGUUUUGCUCACCAACUUGUCCGAGCACAUGCCCAACGAGCCCAGACUGGCGAGGUUCCUCGAAACAGCUGGCUCAGUAUUGAAUUACUUCGAGCCUUUCCUCGGCAGGAUCGAGAUCCUGGGUGGCAACAAGAAGAUCGAGCGUGUCUACUUCGAGAUCAAGGAGUCGAACAUCGAGCAAUGGGAGAAGCCGCAGAUCAAAGAGUCGAAGCGAACGUACUUCUACAACACCGUCGUGGAGGCAGGGGAGAAGGAGAAGCUGGAGACCUUCAUCAACUUCUGCGAGGAUGCCAUCUUUGAGAUGCAACACGCGAGCGCGUUGAUGGCCGUGGAAGAAAGUGGAGGAAUCGGAAAAGCGAGAGAGUCGUCCUACACUUACAUGACGGACGACGACGAGGAGAGGAACAAGGAUCCUAUCAGAAGAGGCAUUCAGACAUUCAAGGACAGUAUUUACUUCUUCUUCUCCAUAUUCUCGCCCAGCAACAUCAAGAACAAGAUCGCCGAGAUGCAACAGAUGACGAUACUGGAACUCUUCAUCGGAUUCUUCAAAAUGAUAUUCUACGCGUUCUACUAUUCCGGGUUCGGGUUUGGCUGUAUACUUGGGUACUUUAUGAGGCUGCUGUUGGCAUUGAUGAAGGGACCGCACGUGGAGGAGCCUGUCGUCGAGGUGAAGGAAGAGGAAGAGAAACCCUCGAGACAUCUACCCGCCUUGCCACCGACGCCGGACGAGUCUAACUUACAGGUGCAAGCCUUCGGAAUGGAUAUAACGAAAGAGGAAGGCGGCCAGAUAAAGAUCGCGCCGCACGAAUCGGCAGCUUCGACUCCGCAAUCGAGCAUCGAGGAAACUGGAGAGAGCACGCCGGAAGAGGCUGCUGGAGAAGAAGGUGCGAGGGCGGAAGCUGGUACCGGGGACUCGGAAGCUCCCGUUUCCUUGGCCGACUUGCUAGGUGGCGAACAGGCUAGAGCUCAGGCUGCAGCAGCUGCGGAAGCAGCAGCCGCGCAACAAGCAGCAAUGGCUGCUGUAGAAGCUGAGGCGAAACACGAAACGACCACGGAGACGUCGUCCUCUAGCAUCGACUUCUCCGAGUACACGCAUCGUAUCGUAUCCUUCUUGGCUAGGAACUUCUACAACUUGAAAUACGUCGCUCUGGUCCUCGCUUUCUGCAUCAAUUUCAUGUUGCUGUUCUACAAGGUGUCGUCUUUGGCUGGCGACUCGGACGAGGAGGGCAGUGGUCAAGUGAUGGCGGACAUAUUGGCAGAGAUGUCUGGCGAGGGUCCAUCUGGUUCCGGAAGUGGCAGCGGGGUGGAAAUGGGAAGCGGUAGCGGGGAGGACGAAUCGGAGGAAGAGGAGGACGCGUACGCGUUGGAAUACGUGGAAGUGUCCGAGGAUUUCUAUUACAUGGCUCACGUUAUGAGGCUCAUGGCGUGUUUACAUUCGAUCGUCUCGCUUGCUAUGCUUGUCGCCUACUAUCACCUCAAGGUGCCGCUGGCCAUCUUUAAACGGGAAAAGGAAAUCGCGCGAAGGGUGGAAUUCGACGGUCUGUACAUCGCCGAGACACCGGAAGAGGACGACAUCAAGGCACACUGGGACAAGAUGGUGAUAUCGGCGAAAACCUUCCCCGUGAAUUACUGGGACAAAUUCGUGAAGAAGAAAGUUCGACAGAAGUACAGCGAGACCUACGACUUCGACUACAUCAGCAAUCUGCUUGGUAUGGAGAAGACUUCGUUCAGCCAACAGGAAGAGGAGGGUUCUGGUUUGAUACACUUCAUUGUAAAUAUCGACUGGAGGUAUCAGGUUUGGAAGGCCGGUGUCACCAUCACGGACAAUGCAUUUUUGUACAGUUUGUGGUACUUCAUCUUCUCGAUCCUCGGGAAUUACAACAACUUCUUCUUCGCGGCCCACUUGCUGGACGUGGCGGUUGGAUUCAAGACGCUACGAACGAUCUUGCAAUCCGUUACGCACAACGGCAAACAAUUGGUGCUGACGGUGAUGUUGCUGACUAUCGUGGUCUACAUAUACACGGUCAUAGCGUUUAACUUCUUUAGGAAAUUUUAUAUCCAAGAGGAAGACGACGAGGUGGACAAGAAGUGUCACGACAUGUUAACGUGCUUCGUGUUCCACUUGUACAAAGGUGUCAGAGCUGGUGGUGGUAUCGGUGACGAGAUUGGAGAACCCGAUGGCGACGACUACGAAGUCUAUCGUAUCAUGUUCGACAUCACUUUCUUCUUCUUCGUUAUUGUUAUUUUGCUGGCUAUUAUUCAAGGUUUGAUUAUCGACGCGUUCGGUGAGCUUCGAGACCAGCUCGAGAACGUUAAGACAAACAUGGAGAGCAACUGCUUCAUAUGUGGCUUAGGAAAGGAAUAUUUCGACACGGUUCCCCAUGGAUUCGAUACGCACGUUCAACAGGAGCAUAAUCUUGCUAAUUAUAUGUUCUUCCUCAUGCACUUAAUCAACAAACCAGACACCGAGUACACCGGUCAAGAGACGUACGUGUGGAACAUGUAUCAGCAAAGGUGUUGGGACUUCUUCCCGGUCGGUGAUUGCUUCCGCAAACAGAACGAAGCGGUAGAGGACGAGGCCAAGAAGAAAUAAAAUUCUUUAGCUCGUGUAGUUGUACACGCGUCUGGACGACCAAUCGAUCGUUACUCGAUGAGGAAGAUUUCUUUCCCUGAAACGUCUUCGAUAAUCGUAGUCUCUAACUUCUUCACGCAAAAAGGGAUGCAUUAAUAACAUUUGACUACCUAAGAUCGAACUUUAGGGAGCUACGUUUUCGCUCGUACGCUGCUUAGAUAGACCGGAACGUUUUGCAUUCGACAUUUAUCGUUACCUCGAGUCUUGCGCCAAGUUUUUAAGCCGCGCGUAGAGCGCGUUGUCAUUAAAAAAAAAAAAAUCUUACAGAGUCGCGUGCGCGCGUACGAGCGAAUCAGGCUGGGAGACUGGUGAAAUAUUUUUCCAACCUAUUUUUCCAACUUUGUAAGGGUGACUGGAUCGUAUAACCAACAGUUUCCUCCUUAGAUAGGUAAUUGCAAAAUGUUGUUAAUCAUUGAUCACGGGAACCGACUGCACAAAUUCUUACAUUAUCAUAAACGUUACGAUUGCCUUCUUUUCAUACGUCGGGCGACCACACUUGUGCAUAAAUAAUUUAACUCAUUAACGUAAUGUUUGAGAUAUACAUACAUAAGAUAAUUACGUAAGUUGAAGGUGUUUAAAGUUUAUAUAAAUUGCGGAAAGAAUCUCUGCGAUCACACGUGGGGAACUUUUUAAAUGAUCAUUGACGACUGAAAUUACGAUAUAAUCAAAGAUGUCAAUACGUUGUAAAUAACGAUCUACGACGAGAUUACCUGAGAAUAAAGAAAGACAUACUUCUUUACUCUGUCCUGAGAUUCUAUCGAUCGACCGUUUCUAA